AUGUCCAGCUUCGAGCCCAAUGCCAUUUUGCGGGGCGCCCAGCUUACAGUCGUGGGCACUGUCCGGGCCCUCCGAAACCCUCGGUUGUUUAAGCAUGAGCACUUUCGCCAAGCAGCUCUUGCUAUUGUUGGAGGAAUUGUCAUUCAGCUGAUAAUUCAGAUUCCGAUCAUCGCCAUUAAACUGCUGGUUUGGAUGGCAUCAUGGGUCAGCGACUUGGACCGGGCUUCCUGGGACGAUGAGCUCAUCGGAGGCUUAAACUUCUUAUCCAACUCAAUUCUUCAGGUGCCAUUCCUACUGAUGACCCUUAUGCGAUAUAUGACACCCACUCUGGAUGAUAUAUUCAUGAUGUCCCUAGAAUGGGUUGACACGACUUAUGUUGAGAAGCACGAGAGAGAAAAUCCACAGACUCUGCGGGAGAUGUAUUACCCAAACAUGGUGAAAUAUUCGGCGAAACACGGGUCCUCGAAAUCGAAAAGGUCAACCAAAGAAGCCCUGUUUGCUUUUGCUCGGCGGUACGCUCGCAAGGUUGGCAUGUGGCUGGGCAUUUACGCCUUGUCACUGCUGCCGGUGGUCGGACGAUUCGUGAUGCCCGCGGCCAGUUUCUACACCGUGAGGAAGUCCAUUGGAACAGUUCCUGCUGGCGUGAUAUUCGGGUCAGGCAUUAUUCUGCCAAAGCGAUACAUUACGCUAUUUUUGCAUACAUAUUUUGCAUCACGAAGUCUGAUGCGUGAACUACUGGAUCCGUACUUUUCUCGCGUCCAGUUUGACAAAGACCAAAAGCGAAAAUGGUUUCUCGAUCGCGAGGGCGUCUUGUUUGGGUUUGCAUUUGCUUUUACUGUCGUCCUGAAAACGCCUUUCAUCGGCGUCCUCAUGUACGGAAUUGCGCAGGCAUCAACGGCCUAUCUCGUCACCAAGAUCACCGACCCUCCGCCAGCGCCUGAGCAGAGCGAAGGGUUUGCGCAGAGCCAAGUGGCCUGGAAGAACAAACACGACUUUUUGCAGCUGUCUCUCGACAAGCUGGACAAGCACAACACGAACCCCAAUGGCAUGAACACCGGGGAUAAGGAUAUUGCCGGAUUAGGAAGGACCAUCCAGCGAGGUGAGGGGAUAGAGUGCAACCUUAUAAAGCGCGUUCUUUUCUCCAACUACUUGUCCUGUUGGAAUAAUUCCCUUCAAAAUUACCAGCCUCCUCCAAGGUCAGCUAUCUACAUCAUGGGCGUCAAGGGAAUCCGCACAGCCGUCAAGUGUGACUUUGACAAGCCUGUCUCGGAGCAAGAAGGGUUUCAUAACCGGUGGCAUCCAGACAUCCCUAGCGUCGGCACCAUUGCCAACGGCGAAGUCGUCAAGAUCGAGUGCUUCGACUGGACCGGCGGCCAGAUUGGCAACAACGACUCUGCAGACGACAUCAGAGACGUCGACCUGACCAAAAUCCACUAUCUGUCGGGGCCGUUCCACAUCGAGACCGCCGAGCCCGGCGAUAUUCUGAUCGUGGAGAUUCAGGACGUGCAGCCGUUCCAGGACCAGCCAUGGGGAUUCACGGGGGUAUUUGACAAGAAGAACGGCGGCGGGUUUCUCGAUGAUUUGUAUCCUGAGCCAGCAAAAGCCAUCUGGGACUUUGAAGGCAUCUUCUGCUCGUCCCGCCACAUCCCUCACGUCCGCUUCCCCGGCCUCAUUCAUCCAGGUAUCCUGGGCAAUGCCCCGUCUGCAGCAGUCCUCGCCGAGUGGAAUCGCCGCGAGGGCGAGCUCAUCGCGGCCAACACGCUUGCUCGCGACGUCGCAAAGCCGCCGGAGCCGAUGAACGCGCAUGCCGGCGCUGCGAACAAGGACUUGAAGACCAAGAUUGCGAGCGAGGGUGCGCGGACAAUCCCUGGCCGCCCCGAACACGGUGGCAACUGCGAUAUCAAAAACCUCUCGCGCGGCUCCAAAGUAUACUUGCCCGUCCACGUGCCCGGGGCCAAAUUCUCCGUUGGCGACUUACACUUCUCCGAAGGCGAUGGCGAAAUCUCCUUCUGCGGCGCGAUUGAAAUGGCGGGUAUAAUCACCAUCAAAUUCAGCGUUCUCAAGGACGGCAUGGCCCAAAUGGGCACACAGUCACCCAUCUACCUGCCAGGACCUGUAGAACCACACUACGGCCCCAGUCGAUACCUCACUUUUGAAGGGUUCUCCGUCGACGAGCACGGGAAACAGCACUUUAUGGAUGCCACCGUGGCAUACCGCCAAACGUGUCUGCGCGCAAUCGAGUAUCUGCGUCGCUACGGGUAUAGCGAUUACCAGAGCUAUCUACUGCUCAGUGGGGCACCCGUGCAGGGCCAUAUUGCUGGCAUUGUGGACAUUCCGAAUGCGUGUACGACGCUAGGGCUGCCAAUGGAUAUCUUUGAUUUUGAUAUGAGGCCAGAGGUAAAGCCGGAGAAGCUGGAUAUGGGGGCUUGUGCGUUUACGAGUGAUAAGAAGUAG